AUGGCUUCCGUCACUCGUCGUCACAUACCCGCAGUGCAUUUCGUGAACGGCCAGCCUGGCACCAGUAGCUCUCAUGUGCCAUCCAACUCUCGGCCUGCCGCAGAUAAUGCGUACGCUGGAGACUACAGAGUCCCAGAUAAUCACGGAGCGCCUCCGCCUAGCUCAAGUUCAAUGCCCGCUGCAGCCUCGAACACAAGACAAGGCGCUACCAAUUUCACAUUGGCACCUGCGUUAGGACCUUCGGCGCAUCAGACAAAGCACCACGUCGCUCCUGGACAGCCGGCGACGCAGCCUACCAUGGGCACACUCGUGCUUCAGCUCCCUCGACCGUUCCCGCCCAUGCAGAUCUCACCCGCGGGAACCGACAUGCACGUUACUGUCCACGAUGUGUGGGCGGCAGCACGACGGUUCCGCCAUGCGGCCGCUACCCGCGAUGAUCUGGAAACUCUGCCAGAGGCAGAUCGCAGGCGGGUGAAGGAGACAUUCUUCCAACGCGUGAAGUCGAACCGGACUCCCGAAGACGGACUCAGGCGAGGAGAUUUUCUUUGCGGGGCCAUUAUAACGGGCUUCGUGCCUGUCGCAGACACGUCCGGGAAGGCGACCAUCGCCUUCGCACUCGGCAAGGCGCCGUGA